AUCUGUCACCAUGAUCUUAGGCUGUUGAUAUUCAGCUUGGGCUUGCAAUUGACAGUACUAAAGCAACACUGGCUGUCAAAAGAAGGCUUGCAUGCGAGAUGGUAAAAUACUGGCAGCAGGCUCAAGAUAACAUCAUGAACCUUCCGUUAUCAAAUGGUUGGGGAGAAAAGCAUAGGCUUUUCGUGAAGUGGAAAUAUAUUGAAGCCAAGGCUUCAGCAUACUAUUAUCAUGGUCUAAUCCUUGAUGAAGGAAACACAGAAAAAUCUCAUGGAAUGGCUGUAGCUGCCCUGCAAGCAGCAGAUGAAUAUCUAAAAGAAAGUAAGAAGGCGUGCGAAGCUUUCAACGCAGCCAUUCCUCUCUCCAGAAAUCCUCCACUCUGGGGGACGAUGAAGUAUCUCGCCGAGAAAAUUCCAAAGGACACUUCGAGCAAGGUGCGAAUCAACAGGGACUUGUACUCUUAUGAAAAGUAAGUUCUCUUUUUUUUUUUUUUUGACCUCAAAGAUAUGAUGAUACUUGGCUGCAGAAUUGCUUAUCUGAUGUAGAUUGCUAAAUUUUGAUAUUGGUUUUGAGAGAUGGCAUGCAUUCCUUAUAUAGGAGUAUAUUUUUUGAAUUUGGCUUGAUAUAUUAG